AUGACGACGUCGGGAUCGACGUGGCGCGCGAUACGACGGGGAGGAUCGAUGCACGCGCCGGCGACGGGGACGCGGCACGGGUCGAUGUCGUCCAACGGCGGGUCGUUCAACGGGACGAGCGGCGCGGCGGCGAACGACGGCGGCGGAGGGUUUCGAGCGGCGGUGAUCGAUGCGAACGAGAUCGACGCGCCGCACGUGGAAGCGUUGGUGGCGUCGAAACGCGCGCGGUGGUUGGCGCUGGAGAUGGGAGCGAACGAUGGGUGGGCGCGAGGGGCGGAGACGAGCGAACGCGCGAGGGAGCGAUACGACGAGGAGGAGGACGAGACGAGACAGACGACGUCCGCGUCGACGUCGACGUCGGGUGAGGGUGAGAGUGAUGCCGGUGCGAACGAUGAUGUCAGCGAAGAUGGGUCGCUGAUGCGUUUGUACGACACGGGCAUUCGAGGGACGCACCCGCUGCCCGGUUCGCUCGCGCUUCCGAAGACGCCGGCGAGCGCGUUGGGGAAAAUGCCCGCUGUUUCCUUGAGCGCGGCGACGCGCGAAAGGCAAACCGUGAGAUUCACGUUGGAAAUCGCGGAGAUUUACUUUGAAGUCGGGGCGCUGGAGACCAUCGAAGGGACGAUGGCGCUUUACGACGUACAAACGCGCACAAAGGUGAGCGAAAAUUUCCACUUCUCUUGGCCGAAUGCAAAACAGAGCACGAUCGCGGCGUUCACCGUACCCGCCGAGUCGCUCACGCUCAACAUUCGUCUUCUCGUACAUUUCACUCAUCUCGCCGCGGAUGAGGGUGGGAUCGAGGACAAGGUGUACACGUACAAGGAUUUGCGCAAGGCCAAGGUGCAUGCCGAGAAGGAGCGGCAACGCGUGCUCGGUAUGGAAGCGCUUCGUCAGCAUGAAGCGCAAGCGAGUCAAAAGUCAGCUGCAUCAGUGCACUCAUCCGACGGCAGCACUCAGUUAGCCGCGAAUGAGGUCGAGAACCCGAACAUUUCCAAGAGGCGGAACACGCUCGCGUGGGCCGUGCUGCCGAUUUUCGACGCGCGCGCGGGCGCCGCGCCGGACAGAGCCACACUACUCAGCGAAACGAAGUGUAGCGAGAUGUACCGUGUGAAAGAGGCUUACACCGAAUUCUCACUCAUGGAGGCGGCGAUCUCGAGCGGGACGAGCCACUCUUUGAAGUCUCACAAACCGAUUAGAUGCAAGCUGGUUUGUCUGUUGAAUCCGCUCGACGUGCCCGCGCCGGGCGCGGAGACGAACGCGUUUAAAUUCCCUCCUGGUUUAGUGCACGUCAAAGAAUUGCUUUCGUUUUGUCCUCGCACGCAAAAUGGUGAGCUCGAUUGGGAAACCGCAUGGGGUGGCGCCGUAGACGACGGUUUGUCGAGAGAUUUGUACGUGUACGUCAAGACGAUUGACAUCGGCAAACGACAAGAUCUUCGUGUGCGCAUGCAGCUCAGAGACGAUGAUUUAGACAUAGACGGUAGAGGAUUGCUCGCAUUUCCAUCACCUUGCGGGCGCGGACUUUGUCGCGAAAGUUGGACGGCGAUGAGUCGCUUGCGAUCAAAGGGGGGUGUUUUUUACCACGAGGCGCGAGUGCGUUUGCCGGUGCGAUUGAAUCCGUCACAUCACCUAGUGUUGAGUAUUUUUGGAGCACAGAGUGCCUCGACCGGCCUUUUUAGCGCUGGCGCUGGAGAAGAAGAAUUGCUCGGACACUCGGUCAUCAAUCUCUGCUCGCAACCAGAGACGUUAGCGUCGAAGAUUGCAAGUGCGACGACGCCCACGGGUGGCGAUUUAAGUCUCGUCGCCGUGCGCGAGCUCUUGCCGAAAUACUUGCAGUCGAACGUCCGAACGCACAUGCCGUACUGGGAAGAACGAAAAGAGUGUGUGCAUGUGAGACUUCGACUCGCAUCUACCAUGCACACGGGGGACGUUCACAUAGGCGCUCUCUUUGCCGCCUCUGCGGCGUGGUGCAACGCGCAAACGCCCGAAACGGAGGAUAAGCUACGAAUCGCUGUGAGCGAACUCUCUCUCGCGAGUGAUCGCGCAUUGAUUCAACACUUGCCCGCGAUAUUGAACUUGUUGGUGAGUUUGACGCUGCGAAUCGCCGAUCCAGAAGUAGAGAUGGACCAAACAGAGGAACAACUUAGCUCACGUUUGAGCAAGGAUUCGCGAAGAGAUGAUGAUGACGACGCAAUUUCCCUCGCCUCAGCCGCACUGAGCGACGAUUUGGCGGGCAGCAUCGAUACUAUCGCGAACAAACAGCAAUCACUCAUUUCGUCGCUUUCGAAGAACGAACGCGUUGAUGAAACUCAAGACAUCGGAACCUUGGCGUUCCACACCCUUGUGCGUGUCGUGGCCGCGGUUCAACGCGUCGACCCUGGCCCGAAGCCUGCCGUCGCCGGUGUCGUGAGUCAUAGUCCUCCUCUUGAAGCUUAUAUUACACUCGCCUUCGGUUCUCUCGAACGGUCGUCAAGCAAACAGUUGACAAAGUUACAAACGCUCGGGACGUCGCGAAGCAACGUCCCAGUGCACGCUGUCCUUGCCAAGCGAUAUUCAGCCGUGUUGGGAGCAAUACGAGAGUCUUACAUUCCUUACGAAGAGGCGUUGUCUAUGUCGUGGUUCUUUCUCGGUAUGAUAUACCGUGCCAUUGCGCUCGACCGCGCUCAGUCUCCGAGCGAUACGAUUUCUAUGGAACACGACGACGCGGCGCUAAGACAAGUUGUCGACAUCCUGUCGAAUGAAGUGAAGACUCGCGGCGAGCGCACGUCGCCCUCGAACGCCGAUCUCGAGCAGGCGAGAAAUCUGAACUGUGGGGUCGCCAUGUUCUUAACAGCGUUAUUCACUGUUCCCGGGAUCAAGAAGCAAAUGGACGGUGCGAAAGACGUCAAAACUCUGGGACGCGCUGGUCCGCUUGCGCCGUUGGCGACGACUCUCGCGGCGUUGCACGUCAAGAGUCUCGGCGAAGGCAACGCUGUGCACACAGCGUUGUUGCGCGAGUUCUUCGAUACUCUGUGCGCAUCACCGGUGAUACUGGACAUCAUCACAGCAUCUGCCGUCUAUGAAGGUAAGAAUGGUUGGACUCAAGAGACGGCAAAGUUUAGCGCCGGUGACGUCCUCGUCAACGCCUUUACUGAUGCAAUGGAGUCAAAUUUGCUGACAAUCGAUCCCAUGCGACCGCACGGCGUCAAAAGAGCCGAAUGCGCGACUCGGAUUAUUGCGUCAGCACUCACGAGGCAUGCAUGGGAUCGCGCGUGGCAGUCCACGGGCGCACGUCGAUCCAUCGCCGCCGCGUACGCGCCGCUCCUGCGCUUACUCAUCGCGCAAUGUCAAACCAUUGAAACCCUACCCCUAGUGGCACGCAGAGACGCUUUGGUGAGCAUUCUCUCAUUAGCUCGCGAUUCCGACGCGAAUAAACUUUGGACUUGGCUCAGUGACGACGCCUCACGAAUGAAACACUUCGUGAGCAUCCUUUCGAUGGCGGCUAAAGACUUUGCCUACGAGCGCGACGAAAAGGGAGCGUGGUCGCCCGCCGGCCCGGUGUCCGUAGACGUCUUGGAUUCUCAAAUCGUUUCGGACAGACGCAUGGGCGCAGGUCAUCUAAACACAUGCGUGUACAUGAUCGUUUUGCGUCUGAUACGCGAAUGGCACGCGCGUGGUAGCUCGAAGUCGAACUGGGGCGUCAUACGCGUCGCGGCUCGAGCGAUGGGCUAUCGCAGCAAAGUUCCAGAUCCAAAUGAGACGGUGCAGAUCACGAGGUCUGUGUCAUUAUCUCCAUCGGAGUCGUUAUCGUUCGACGAUUUUGCCAGAGAAGGUACGCAGGGCGACGAGGAGUGUGAAGUUGAAUCGUUCAACGCGUUGGAGGGCGUCUUGGGCGUGAUGCUCGCUAUUUUAUCGAGGCCGCAGAGCGCUGCCGCUUGGAAAUUGUCGGCGCCAAUUUUGAAUUCACUCUUAAGAGAACACAGAAAGGUGCUCAUGGCGUCGUUGCACCAACGUAAGGAUAAUGUUCCGAUAGAAGAUUAUCCACCGAAGCCCGCGAAGGCACCAGGAGUAAGUCCGUACGCAUUUUUACAAGGUGCCGCCAUCGCGGUGUUCAAAGCCGCGGCGCGUCCACCGCCCACGCGUGAUCUCGCAGUGGCAAGUUUACGAACGAUGCUCGAGGCCGCUGUGGAUAUCUUUGGUACGAGUGAACAACUGUGUCCGACGCUGAUUUACGCCAUGCAUGCCGCGUUCUUUCCGUUGAGACCCAUUUCAUGCGCAGAUGGUGUGGCAAUUUCCUUGGAGGCUCUCAAAUCCGGCAACGAGGUGAGCCCGGCGGGUUGGAACAACUCGGUCAAGGAAACGCUGCAAACGCUUCAGUAUGCGGAGAUCUGCAUUCGAAAAUUAGCAAACGCGACGAUGAAUCCAAGUUCGAUGUUCGAUGUAUCGUGUGCGGUUGAGCUCGAGUCAUCGCUUGCGCUCGCUCUCAAGUCUUCUCCCGCGGCGCACGUCAAGGUGUUGCAUUCGUUGUCAAAUAGACUCGCCGCGAACGAGCACUGGGUGGAAGCCGCGGAAGCAUCGACGGCUGCUGGCAUCAUCGCUAUGCAAGCUUUCUCAAUUGCCGCUCCUACGUUGUGUGUGUGGUUCGAUCACGAUGUGCAGUCAUUGCGAGACUCAUUCUUUGCUUUACCCGACGGCGCAUCGCCAGUUCCUGCUGUCGCCGGCAUCCGCUGUGGCACGGAAGAAAUCAGCGAGGCACAAAUAUUAACUCAUCUAUCUCGAGCGGUGGACUUGUUUACCAAGGGUGGUCACCUCGAAGCUGCAAUCCGCGUCAACGAAACCGCGCAAAUCGCAUGGGAGACGCACAGACAGUUUGAUUCGCUGAGCGAAUCACACGCCAUGAUGGCUGAACUUUUCCGCCGUCUCGACGCGACAUCUGGCGUUGGCGAUCCCAAGCGCUACGAAUGGGACAUCACGAGUAAACCACCACCUGAGUCGGCGACAUUUUGGCGUAUACGUCUACUCGGUGAUGUGUGGGAUAAAAUGCAAGGUUUGGAGUGGGUCUAUCGCGAGAGCCAAGAUCGAACGCUCGGCGACAUGAAUAAAAAGAUCAUCUCGCAACUUUCGCCGUAUCUUCCUUCAGGUACACGCGUCACGGCAAUGUCAACGAAUGCAGAAAGUGUGAUCGAAGAAGGAUGUGCCGGUGUGCAAAUAACAGCGGUGCAGAGAGACUUAGAGUCGAUUAAUCAAGCCGCCAUUGGUGGCGGCGUUGGCGGCACUGGUUUCACACGGUGUGGGCGGUUCAUGUUUGACACUCCAGUUUUGUUCACCGAAGACGGUGAGGUCAGUCAAGGGCAAGGUGCAGUCGUCGCAUCCCUUCGUUAUCAAGGACGACGCCGUACGAUUAUCACGGUCGAUGGGCAGUUCCCAAGUCUUCUCCCCCGUGCGCCCAUUAUUGACACCACUGUCGAAGAAAUGAACCCGUGUCAGAGCGCGAUUCAAAUGCUCGAGGAGCAAACCAUCGCGUUAUUAGCAGCGGCGCACGCUCGUAGACCUCACGCUGAGCUCUUACAAAGGUUACUACAAGGAUCUCUUGCGGCUGGCGUGAACGGCGGCGUACCGUCGUUGAUACAUUCAUUUUUUCGAACCGAAUUGCCGAGCGCGGUAGCGUAUCAUGGUGAAGCGAUGCGUGAGGCUGAAUUUUUGACGCCUGCGCGCGCUGUCGAAGUUUCGCCAGAAACACCGACUCCAUCAUCGCGCCAUUCGACGCCGAGGUUACCGAUGAUUCACCACAAGCGAGGCUUGAGUGAAAAUGCCGUCCCCAUGGGUGCCGGCAUUCCGCUCGACACGCCGACGAGCGCAUCGUAUCCGACGCCAUCACCGAGCGCAAAAGCACCACCACCGUCUCCAGCCUCGGUCGCAAAAUCAGUGCUAAUAACGCCCAUCUCUACAACAACGCUAUCACCGAGCACGCCGGCGCCACCACUAUCGAGAUCAGAUAGCCUGGGGUUAGUGCAAGCGCUUUGGAAACUUUACCGAGCGUGCGUGAAAGUUUUUGAGACACACCAAAAGCUGGAGCAAGCGGAACAUUUGGAGCGGUUGUUCGAGAGCGCGAUUCAAGAUUUGCGCGUAAGCAUCGAAUCAGUGGAAAAUGACUUGGAGUUCGAAGAAGCUACGGACGAGAUCGCGUCGCCGUAG